AGCUUCUGCCUCCUUUGUCCCGCUAUUGAUGUGAUCGACUGCGCUUACUGCAACCAAAUCACGAGAAAAGGAUGGAAGAUAAGAACCUCUUCCUUGCUUUAUUUCUCUGCUCCAUUUUGCUUUCAACUGCCUAUUCACACAUGAUCUUUGAGGAGAACAGAGACACCAAUCUGGCAACCAGCAACAAAAUGAAACUCCCAGAUCUCCCAUCCAUCUCUAUAGUAGAAUUAACCAAAACAUCUCGAAAAGUAAGCAGGAAAGAGGCAGAGAAGAAGAAAGAAUCCAAGAGAAAGACCCAGAAAAGAAAAUCCCGCAGGCCCCGGCCCACACUCCCAGCUAAUUGUGUGGCUACUUGGAAAAACUGCAAGCCACCCUCUCCCCCGUGCUGUGAUGUCUGCACCUUCUGCCACUGCUGGCUUUUUCAGACUGUCUGCUACUGCCGAGUAGGAAACCCAAACUGCUAA